AUACGAGCAUUACAGGAUCCUGAGACCCUGGAAUUGCCGAGCGUCUUCACCAAUGAAUUGCUGAAAUGGGCCUUAGAAUAUUGGUAAUGUGUCUGACAGUUUGUUGUAUUACACCGCGGAAUAAUCCGGAGGAAAAACUACGAAAAGAAAUAAUGUUCGUGUUACGGGAUAAAAUAUCGCCCGUCACACAGAACGUUCUAAAUCAGAAGAGAUACGCUAAGGCCUGCAUCAAGGAAUCCCUUCGAUUGUUUCCCAUUGCUGUAUCUAUUCUUAGAACUAUGCAAACGGAUGUUUGCUUAGGAGGAUAUAAAAUACCGGCAGGAUUUGAUGCCAUGGUCUGUCAUUCUCUGAUCGCGAUGAGCGAUCCCACGCAGUUUUCGAGAACGCAGAAAUACAUUCCCGAGGGAUAGUUGCGAGGUAACACGGAGUUUCCAUCAGCCAAGGAGGUGCAUCCCUUCGCGUACAUGCCUUUCGGAUUUGGCUCUCGUACCUGCAUCGGCCGACGAUUCGCCGAAAUGGAACUCGAGACAUUACUCUUGACAGUCAUACGAAAUUUCCGGAUUGAAUGGCAUCACGGACCACUCGAGUACGAAAGCCGAUUUAUAAACACGCUAGUGUCAUCGAUGCGAUUCAAGCUCAUCGAUUUGUUAGAUCGUCACAAUUGGUGCAAACCUUCCUACGACCGAGCCAUAUGUUUCAUGGAAAAAGAUGAGAAAAGUGUCGGAGAAACGGCAAGAAAAGUAUCCCGCCGACAUUUUGCGCGAUUUUUUCCUUUUAAUAAUUACGACAAAUGUCGGUGCAGCCACUGGUUACACGAGCAUCUGACUCGAAGAAGCUCGGCCGAAAUGGUGAAGAUAUCAUCGACCAACCACACAAUUCUUACAAUUUUAAUCUACGCCCGAGGACAAAAAGCAUUUCGCAGAAAUGUCGUAGCGUGGAAGCUACAAAUUUUUAGCAAGUUCGUAGAAAAGCACGCGCGCGUAUGUGAGCUCGGGUCUAAAUAGCAUAAAAAUAUAAAAGAUAUAAAAUAAAUUGUACAUAGAAAUUGUAUUAUAGAAACUUUAAUAAAUACCGACGUACUUUUUUGUGCUCAUCUUUUAUUUAUGAUAGCCCGAGUGAUAGCCUUGGG